CUUUUGACUUUCGCAAGGUGCAGUCGCAUCUUCUGGAUACAAGAUACAAUAUACUAGUUAAUCGAGAGGAUUGCUCUAUUUUAGGAUACAUUGUUCUCGCCAAGCAAUGAGCACGUGCUGACCAUGUUGGACCAUCGAAAUAAUCCAAGAUUUCCCAUGAGCACCACCAUGAGCAGCGUCCUGUUGCCCCUGAUCCUAGGUCUUCUGCUAGUCAGUGGCCCGUCACCUUCCCAAGCGCAAGAUGAGUCCCUGGCUGGUAGUUUUCUAUCAGGUCUUUUGGACACCAUCACCAGCACGGCAGAUGCCAAGGACUGUCCCGGUGUUUGUGUCCACACCCUGGCCACCUUAAUCUGCUACGAAGUCCUGGACGAUGUGCCCUGCCCCUCGCCCAGUAUGAAGUGCUGCAUUGAAAAUGCUCCAGCUGGUAAAAACGCCACUGCGGUGCGGGCAACCACAACACCGAAAACCACAACGCCAGCCAGCACCACAACCACACACAGAACCACAACGCAGAGGACAACCACAACAGUGGCUACCACCAGUACCACUAAACGGACAACCACAACCACUCCAAAGCCCAAGCCAAAGCUGCAGACAAAGCGACCGGUGAGUAGCACCACCACAAAAGCCACGGUUGCCACAACCAAGAAGCCCAGCACCACCAAGAAGGCAGCCACCGUGAAGCCAAAGGACAAGGAGGAGGCCACCAAGACAGAUGAUGCUAAUAAAGACUGUACCGGAGUCUGUGUGGCAGAUCGCAUAGCCGAGUACUGUGAAGCCUAUUUGACGAGCGAUGGCUUGUGCAAGGAGGGCACCAAAUGCUGUGUCUCCCUGGAUGAGUACUCCAACGGAAAGCUGCCCAAGGACAUCUACAUACCAGCCAAACACAUGAGCAAUCUGAAGAUCAACACUACCAUGACCGUGAAAAAUGCUCCUGCAAAGACCAGCUCCAGUACCUCUACCAGCAGCACUUCAACCACCACCACCAGUACCACUACGACUCCGGAACCAGCCAGAACCAAUGGCAACAGCUCACCCAAGCCGAGCAAGCACAAGAAGCACCCGGCAACGACGACCACCACGGAGGCGGCCGACGAGGAGGAUGAGGAGGAAGAGAACGACGACCAGGAGGAGGAAGAGCCCCCAUUGAGCAACAAGCUAAAGUCCGGACAGGGCCAGGGUCAAGUGCUCAAAGAAUGCGAGGGCGAGUGCAUGAAUGGAAUUUUCGCCAUUUUCUGUGAUGACAUCGAUUCUGAGGCAUUCUGUCCGGGCGAGGGAAGUUGCUGUGUGACUGGAAGUGUUUCGGAGGCUCCAGCCUCCAAGCCUCCGCCCACCAAGCCUGCCAUUAAACACGCCCCCAAACCCGCGGCCAAGCCAGCACGCCCAGCCUCUCCACCUCCUCCGCCCUCCUCAUCCACCCAAGGCGGAGAUCUCCUCUCCCAGAUCAUAUCCUUUGCCGAGAGCACCCUCAACUCCCCAUCUCCGCCACCACCGCCACCGCAGGCCCCGCCCCAGGUGCCUCGUUGUCCUGGAUUCUGCUUGCUGAAUAUCAUGGCUGCCUUCUGUGAGCGUCCUUCGGUGCUGGUCUCCACACCCACCACUUGCGCCAAAGGAUCCGUGUGCUGCGAUAAUUCGCGAUCAGGAGUCGUCAAGCCUAAGCUUCCUCCGCCCACGCCCUCACCCACUGCUCCGCCUACAGCCCCGCCCUAUGUCCUGCCCAACACACCAAGUCCAGAUCCACGAGAGGAAUGUCCAGGAUCCUGCAUCGUUAGUCUGCUCAGCUUUACCUGUUUCAAAAACGCCGAAAUGACUGAUCUGUUCCGGUGCAAGCGGUCUGGCCAGAUCUGCUGUGCUCCAAAGAGCAAGAUCCUCGAGAAGCAACAGUUCCAGACUCGCAACGACACCGCCUACUAUCCGGCUCCGCCGCCUCCUCCUCUAGGACCUCCGCAGGCCUAUCCGCCACAGACGCCACCCUACUCCUACAUGAACCAGCCCCAGGGACCUCUGCCGCCACCACCUCCCCAGAUGGCGCCACAUCACCCCAAUCCCUAUCAGCCCGGACUACCCCCACCCGGACCUAACUAUGCUGAUUAUUAUCCUGGCUCCGGCCCUGGUCUGCCGCCACAACCCCAGCCGCCGAUGACCACGCCCCCCACGACAACCACUACUACCACAACGCCCAGACCGCAUGUGUACUCCAAGUACGUCUGCGGCGUGAAGGGAACUCUGCGAACCGGACGCUCCCAGGCCCUGAACUUGGUGUCCUACGCCCGUGCCAAGUACGGAGUGCAGCGCACAGCUCGACAAAUCACCUCCGCGGCGCCCUACGCCGUGAACUUCAACAAAUCCAACGAGAGACUGGUCCUGGGCUCGGCCAUUGUGCCCAUUCAGAUCCACAACGAUAAGCUGGGCGACCUUGUGGAGUCAAGUAGCCUGCAGAGCAACCAGCUGCGCUCCUACCACAACCACCAGGACUCGGCUGACCGGCCGGAACUGGUUUAUCCGGAUUACUACCAACAGCGUUCCCUAUCCGCCCUUCAGUCCAACUUCACAGGCCGGCGGCGAGCACGAGUCGUUGGUGGCGAGGACGGCGAGAACGGCGAGUGGUGCUGGCAGGUGGCCCUCAUCAACUCCCUGAAUCAGUAUCUCUGUGGAGCUGCCUUGAUUGGCACCCAGUGGGUCCUGACAGCAGCUCAUUGUGUUACAAACAUUGUUCGCUCCGGAGACGCCAUCUACGUUCGUGUGGGUGACUACGACCUGACCCGGAAGUAUGGAAGUCCUGGUGCCCAAACCCUUCGUGUGGCCACCACCUACAUCCACCACAACCACAACAGCCAGACCUUGGACAAUGAUAUUGCCUUGUUGAAGCUCCACGGCCAGGCGGAGCUCCGAGAUGGAGUCUGUUUGGUGUGCCUUCCCGCUCGAGGAGUCAGUCAUGCGGCGGGCAAGCGUUGCACUGUCACAGGCUAUGGUUACAUGGGAGAAGCUGGACCCAUUCCUCUGAGAGUUCGUGAGGCGGAGAUCCCCAUUGUCAGUGACACGGAGUGCAUCCGUAAGGUGAACGCUGUGACGGAGAAAAUCUUCAUCCUGCCCGCCUCCAGUUUCUGUGCCGGUGGAGAGGAGGGACACGACGCCUGCCAAGGUGACGGAGGUGGCCCGCUGGUCUGCCAGGAUGACGGCUUCUAUGAGCUGGCCGGUCUGGUGUCCUGGGGCUUCGGCUGCGGCCGCCAGGAUGUGCCCGGCGUCUAUGUGAAGACGUCCUCCUUCAUCGGUUGGAUUAACCAGAUCAUCAGCGUAAACAAUUUAUAGUGAGGCAUCUCGCCUAGGACAUUGACAUUUCGUGCGGAAGGAACCCCGCUCUUGUGGCGAUUUCCCGAACCUAGAUAGGACGGGUGACCCCUACGAUUGUACCCAGGGGUUCUGCGCUCUUCGACUGCUAACGUAAACCCAUCCUAGUGUAAUCUAUUCAUACCUAACCCUAAUCUAAAGACACCAACCCAGAAGGCAACUAUAUUAACUAUUACGAUUAUCGAUAGCGUAGACGGCAAUCUUUAAAAAAGUA